CAGUUCUAAAGACUGCUUCUUCACGUGGACUUCUUUUCAUAUAUAUAUAUAUAUGUAUGUAUGUAUAUGCAUGUUAUAUAUAUAUAAUAAUUAUAUACGUAUAUGUAUAUAUUCUGAUAUUAAACGAAUCGUUGUUUUUAUGGGAAGAUCAUGAAGAUGUCAACUUCUAGCUCUACUAAGAUGGACACCAAACGGCAGAGACCAUUUCAUUGUAGUUUCCUUUCCACAAUGGUUUUAUUUUCUGGGGCUUUCUUUAUUUGGAGUGCAUUUUUUUUCACUGAUCAUAAAGAGAGAUUUUCAGCUUGGAAACUGACUUAUGCCAGGCAAACUGCAAGGUGCAACAAUUGUGAGACCCUGUUCAGUCCUGAUCACGAAAUUAAAGCAUUGCCUAGAGGUAUUGUCUCGAAGACGUCUGAUUUGCUAAUGCAACCACUGUGGGGCCCCAGAAAUAAAAAGAACCCAAAGAGAUCAACAAACUUGCUGGCCAUGGCAGUUGGAAUAAAGCAAAAAGAAAGCGUGAACAAAAUUGUACAGAAGUUCCUCUCUAGCAAUUUCGUUGUGAUGCUUUUCCACUACGAUGGGAUCGUGAAUGAUUGGAGGGAAUUCGAAUGGAGCGACCGUGCCAUACAUGUCUCAGCCACCAGUCAAACUAAAUGGUGGUUUGCGAAGCGUUUCUUGCAUCCGGACAUUGUUUCAGACUAUGCCUAUAUAUUCCUCUGGGAUGAAGACCUCGGAGUUGAACAUUUCAAUGUUGACAGAUAUCUAUCAAUCAUUAAAGAAGAAGGAUUACAGAUAUCACAGCCGGCUCUUGAUCUUAAUAAGUCGACGGAGGUGCAUCACCCACUCACAGCUAGAGACAGCAAACAAAGAGUUCACAGGAAGGUACACACGGUGAUUGGUAGAAGGAAAUGUGAUGAGAACAGCACAGAACCUCCGUGCACAGGGUGGGUAGAGAUGAUGGCUCCGGUUUUCUCGACGGCCUCUUGGCGCUGUGCGUGGCAUUUGAUUCAGAAUGACUUGAUUCAUGCGUGGGGACUGGACUUCCAGCUCGGUUACUGUGCACAGGGUGAUAGAACAAAAAACAUUGGGAUUGUGGAUUCUGAGUACAUAAUUCAUUAUGGUCUUCCUACACUUGGGGCAUCAGAUGCAAAAAAGGCGCAAGCAGAGUCUCAACAAUCUGAUGCUAGAAGUGAGGUGAGAAAGUUAUCUUUUAUUGAAUUAGAGAUCUUCAAGAACAGAUGGAAAAAGGCAGUUAAAGAUGAUGAAAACUGGUUUGAUCCGUACGAGAAGAAACAAUGACAAGACAAAAUAUCCUA